AUGUUUUUUUUCCCUGGUCAGGUGCAAGUCCACCGCGACCAUGUAUUGCGGGCUUGGAAGCUUCUGCAGAUUCUGCACAUUAUGCGAGACUAUUGGAGCAAGACUGAAGAGGAUGGCGCCAAAGGAAUCGUUCUACCUCCUGCUUCUGCUGAUUUGCAGAGCCGUGUGCCGGAACACAUCAAAUGCCCACAGUCCCAGGGGCUUGACCAUUUUCCAGCAACUCAAAGAUUUGAACCCAAGCCUGAGAUCCCGUCGGAAGACGAAGCCACACCCACACCCAAGGAGUGCCUCACCGGCAAGGCCUUUGACGCUGCUAUGGCAAAGGGCUACAACGAUGCUGGCCUUUCCGUCCAGCUGCCGGCCUCUUGGAUGUCUGACAGGGACAUCUUCCGCAGAACCGUGCUCAGAGGCAAGAUGGAAGACACAUGGGAGCAAGUCGUCAAAGCUGCCUUGGCCCUUUACCCCAUUGGAAAGCUUGAAGCUGCAGGAACCUCCAAGUCCAAGCUUGUCUUCUCUCAAGUUCCUACGCAGAAUGCGAAGCGAGUGGCCUUCCACAACAUGCUCGUGGAUUCCUGCCAAGUCUCAGUGCGCCAGUGGUGCGACAGCUUACAAAAAGAAACUGAUCGAGUUGCCAGUCGGAAACGGAAGCAGGGCGAAACAACAGAGAAGCCCGGGGACGAGGAUUAG